GGGGGCGGGGUCUGUCUCAGCCCGCGCGAGCCCCGCCCCCCGCUGCCCGCCCCGCCCCUCCCCCCCCGGCCAUGGCGCUGCGGCGGCUGUUGCGCGGCGCGCGGGCGGCAGCGGGGUCAUCACUACUUUGCAGCUCUCUGAGGAGCACCAGCUCUAAGACAGGAGGAAGACCUGAACCUGCUAAGCAGCCACUUAAGAAACCGAAGUUACCACUGGGUCGAUUUGAUGAACCAGAGGAGUCCAAUAUAGAGAGGGAACCCCUGGAAAAAUUCCCUGAUGGAAUCAAUCCUGCUACAAAAGAGAGGGGUGGACCCAAAGGCCCUGAACCUACACGUUUUGGAGACUGGGAGAGAAAAGGACGUUGCAUAGAUUUUUGAUGAAUAAAUGUGUCUGUAUUGCUAAUAAAAUAUUCCUCGUUGUUGGAAAAAUGUGAUGAACAGAAAAAUCUCACCUGGAUUUGCUGUGAAGCUUCUUGUUUCUGUCAUGCUUGUGAUGAAUUUUUUGAGAGGUACCAUGUGAAAAAACAUGAUACUGCAUCUCAGAUUUUGGAACUGUUACUUGCUUAAUGUACACUUGAUCUUUACUGCUAUUUACACCAUGCAAGAAUAAAUGCACAAGUAGUGAUACGAAUUGUUAGUUGGGAUCUUACUGAGAUGUAUAAGGGUUUGGAUCUCUUCAUUUAAACCUUUGUGUAGUGUCUUAAAAGUGCUGAAAGAGCUUUGCAGUUCACUAACUGUUCAUGGUGUCCCUGCCCAUGGCAGGAGGGUUGGAACUAGAUGAUCUUUAAGGUCUCUUCCAACUCCAACCGUUGCAUGAUUCUGUGAACCUAGAUACCCAUCAUUAAAGUACAGCCACCUGCGAGUGGUGGUACUUAGCUGGUGUUCACAUUUAGUGCUCUAAUUCAAUGGUAAAAGCCCUUUUAAUCAAGAACCAUCCCCUCUGUUUCCAUUAAAGUGAGUUGGGGUUUGUUUCCUGUUUGUGAAGGAGAGACAGAAACUCCGUUUAGGCUGUAAAUGGCAUGAUGGAAAUGGAGACCUAAUUCUGAGGGUCAUCUCAUGAUGGCAAGUAGUGUAGGGAUGUUCUAUAUGCAGUUUUAGAAUACUGUUUAACCUAGCUUAUUACAUGCUACUUCUGUCUGAAAACUGGUUAAAUGUUGCUUGGAGGAGAAUAACAUUCCUUUCUGACACCUUAUGAUCAAAGGGGGCUAAUUACAUUAGGUCAUAAAGCUAAGUGAUCUGGCAUUGAACUAAAUAUGCUUCAGGCAGACCAAGCUCAGUUCUUCAUUCAAGAAUUUGCCUUGUUGUAAGCACUAUAGUAAAGUAUGAAUCUAUCACUUGAGUGGGUACUUAUUAAUAAGAAUAAGCUGUUAUUAUUAAAAUGUGUGAACAUAACACUGUAUUUAUUUCUGUGCAAGUUCUUUUUGAUCGCCUAAAUAAACGGUCUUCAGCUGUAAAAGUCUUCUUCAUCCCUUUAUGUUUUCUUCCUAGUGUUCUGCUGACUUUUCAACCUCUUCUCUUUUACUCUACACAGUCGGGCUUCACAAUUCCUGUUUGCUGCUUUUGCCACAGCACCACAAUGGGCAUUAAAACAGAAUAAAAGUUUUCUGGAGAGCCCAGGAGUCUCCCAUUUUAUGGCCUACAUUUCUUUGCUCUUUGCUAUGGCAAAGCAAGUUGUAUCUGAAUGAAAGUAAGCUUUACUUCAUGAUUUUUGUUGUUUGGCAUUACUCUGGCUUUAAGUAAGAAUGCAUUGCUUUGCCCAGCUUUGCCUUUUCUGUGAUUUUUUAUUAGAGCAUCAAAGUGUGUGGAAUUUCCAUGUAUGGAAUUUUUCAGUAACCUAAAGAUACGCUGGGUCACCUAUCUAUAAUUUAUUAAAAUACUUAUCUGUAGUAAUGCUUUGCUGCUUCAGUUGCCAGUGGGUUGGAAAAUAUUUCGUCACACAACGCACAACCUAUUCGGAUAGGAAGCAGAAAUUUUAAUUGGAAACUUCUGCCUUUUCUACAUCAUUGUUAAUAGGCUUAAUGUCUAAUUAGUGAAAAGGCAGUAACACUGCAGCAGUUAUUUUAUUUUUCGAUUCUACAUCUUCCUAUCCUUAACCAUGAAUUGCUGCAUGAGUUCACUAUCUUCUCUUACCAGGUUUUACUCUUCCCAACAUACACUCCAUGAAUGUUUACCUAGUUCUGAUUCUUGGCAUUCCAGAUUUCAGUUCUAAUUGCUACCUUCAGCGUAGACUGCAGCUGCAGGAUUGCACCCUUUUGGUUCAGUAUAUAAAGAACUCGUCUCCCUUUUCCAUGUUUUUUUUUUCUGUUUCAGUUAGUCAUCUUCAGUCUCUUCCUGCUUUGUGAUUUAGGACUGACACACAUGCCGUCCAGGCCCCUGCAUGUUUGCUUUCAUGCAGGUGAUGACUGCUGUGUUGGAGCUCAUGCAGGUCCUGGGCACUCCCUGUCCACGUGGAUUUGGAAGCUGCUUCUGAGAGCACUUCCAUACCAACAAGACCCAGUGCCUCACAAAGGCAGGGAUUUUGCUUUCUUUCAAAAACCAAAAAGGCUCUUCCCCAACUAGUGUUGUAAAUAGCUAUCAAGGAGUUGGCACUUGGGAAAUGGAGGAUACCACUUCUAUCUCAAGGAACUUCAGGCCCUUUUUGUCACCUCCCAGGGCAGUGCCAGUAACUGCCAAACGUUCACUUAAUUUGGUUAGGGAAUGUAUCAAUAAGAAAUAAGAAACUGAAUGUCUGGGCAAAAUAACAUGUAAAAGCCGAAGAGCAAAUGCUAAGGGGCCUUUUGGUGUAGUCUGGCAAUCUGGUAUUUACCGAGGCAUUCUGGGCUCUGGUACCAGUAAGUCUAAAAUAAUAUCUUGCAGUGCUGCAAAAUCACUUGUGGAAUCAGUCAGAACCAGUCAUGGUCUGCAUGCAACCACUCACACAGUGACAGGGUGGGGCAUAGAUGAUCUUUUCUGGUUUGUUCUUGCAGUGUCUGCAAUUGGGAAAGAAGUGUUUCAGCCCUAUUCCAGUGCUGUCUUCCUGCUUUUGCCAGAUGAUUAAUAUUAGCAAUAUUAAUUAAUUAAUGGGAUACAGCAUUAUGGGUAUUAAGGGUAAAGCAAUGACUUGUGGUGUGAGCCAUUAGAUUGGCCACAGGUAUGUUUCUAUCAUAAAUACUGAUUAAAUCUAUUUUUUUUAGCUCUUUUUGUUAGUAUCACAGUGUAAAGCAGCAGGACUUGUAUCCAUUUUCUGUCAGAUUUCUGGGAGACAAAGGAGAAUUGUUUUGGCUGUGUAAGCAAAUUCUUGUAGUACAGGAGGAUGCUUGCUGCUCUGGUUUGUUUUCCUUACUAAAAAAGCUGUAUGUUGUAUUUCUGCCAUAGGUUUUCUUCUUUAAACUUGUUUCUGCUUGUUUGCAUAAACACAUGUGGUACGCUAUUAAAAUUAUGAAGUCUUUAUUGUUUGAAUGAAUUGCUCUGUAAUUACUUUAUUACAAAAUGUAUAAAGGUGCACUUCGCACUUAAAGGAAACGUUUGCUAUAUAUUGCCAUGCUGGAAAAGUACGUAUUUCAGUGCUGA